AUGCAGCACAACGACAACAUCACUCGAUCUGGUUCAGCAACUUACGGAUAUCAGUGUUCUGUUGACCCUUCAUCUUCAAACCCUACUCGUUCUAUUGAGUACCGUCAGAUGCAAUCAGCGCAACAGUACACCUCCGACUUUUACCCACAAACCACACAAGCAAACGGCUCAAACCCACCAUAUUCAUCUUACAGCUCAAAUUUCCAUGUCGCUCAACCUAUUUAUCAGCCGAGAUAUUACACGGAUCAAUCACCUUCUUCCAACGCUAGCUCUUCGCAGUUUGCUCCUUCUUAUCGAUCCCCUGCUUCUACUGUCGAAGCAGUACCGCCUCCAACUCCGAAAGCUGCCUAUGAACCACCUGUAUUCCAGACUUUUCAAGAAAGAAGAAGAGCGAAAGACUUAGCAUUGAGAGCGAAAGUUGGAGAAACUUCCGGAUCUCCAAGUCAUUCAGCUGUCUACACCCCACCAAUAUCUGCAUAUCCUCCAUCACAGCCCCCAUCCCACCUCAGUCGAUCUCCCUCACCCAUGUCUCGUCCCUCUCCAUCAACGGUGGCGAUGAUGGGUCAAAUUCCUUCUUCAGGUGGUCCCCCUCCCGCUCCCCCUUCAAGAACACGAACACCAGCACCGCUUCCGUACACCUCUCCUAGUCCUACCAACUCCCAUCCACAGCAUAUAAAUUCGCAAGCGAGACCACUACCUGCGCCACGAGUAUUACCUCACUUUCCCCCAGCUGCUCCAAUAUCGACACUUUCUCGUUCGGAGACCACUUCGCCGUUCACACCAAUUCAUGAUAACAUGGGACCACCUGCUCUCCCUUCACCUAUCCAAGCAAACUUAGAGAGGUCCGAUACUAUUUCCUCAGUGAAAUCUCUUGAUCGCAUGACAUUCGGCUCGUCCCCCAUCAAGAGAUCCUUGCCCAAACCUCCUGUAGGUGUGAAUAGCUCUAAAAGCUUAGAUAGAGGUAUUCCUGUGGGGAUAGCGAUGGGGAACAUUGCGGGAGAUGGAUCUAGAAAAGCUGAUAGUCGGAUUAAUGAGGAAUUGGCGAACAGUUUAGCUGGAAUAGCCAUACAAGUUAACCGUUCCCCAUCACCUGCAACACCUCAUAUCAAAACUCCUUCUCCUGCGCUGUCUCCUUCCUCACAGCUUCCCAGCAUUGUCAUUCCAGACCAGCCUGUAGACAGCCGUGCUCCAGCUAAAUAUACGCCUUCACCCAUCAUCAAUGUUCCCGACUCAGAUACCUCGUCGACAACGACCAUUGAUGACGAGAGAGAUAUUCAAAGCAUGAACCAAGCAUCGCCAAAGGUCAAGAAGCCUUCACCUGCCCUUACUUCUCCAGCUAUUCAGAUUUCGGGUCUUCCAAUGAUUUCAGUGUCAUCCUCCGACACCGCAUAUGAAUCUGCUGAGAAUGGUGGCUUCAGUUUUGCAGUACCCACUAUCAAUGUUGGCGAUAGUACUACUGUCAUCAAUGUGCCACCGGUCUCAGCUCCUUCAGUAUCGCCUUCACCAUCUCUUCCUCGGCAGACCCGCGUCCGACCUGAAGGAUCUGCAAUCCUUUGCACAGGGUGUGACAACGCGAUCAUUGGACGAAUCGUUAACGCUAUGAACCAACGAUGGCAUCCUCAAUGCUUCAUGUGUGCGGAAUGUGGUGAAUUAUUGGAGCACGUUAGCAGUUAUGAAUGGGAAGGAAAAGCAUAUUGUCAUUUGGACUUUCACGAUAAAUUCGCACACAAAUGUCAUCAUUGCCAAACCCCUAUCGUUGACUCUCGCUUCGUCACGCUGAAUGAUCCUGUUCUCGGCCAGCGAUACUAUCAUGAGCUUCACUUCUUCUGCUCGGAAUGUGGUGACCCCUUCUUGGAUCCCUCGAAGUCUUCAGCGCCGGGCAACGAGAACUUUGGUAAUGGAGAUGCAGAGGAAGACGAGGGAGAAACCAGUGCUUUUGUUAUUCAAAAAGGCCAUCCGUACUGCGAACGAUGUCACCUUCGACUUCAUAAACCGAGAUGCAAAGCGUGCAGUCAACCUAUCCCGGACUUGGCUGUCAAUGCUAUGGGAGCCAAAUGGCAUCAAGAGUGCUUUGUGUGUGUGCAAUGCCAUAACGAAUUCGCCAAUAACCUGUUUUUCCCGAAGGACGGUUCAGCCUUCUGCACCUCUUGCUAUGAAAUUAUGGUAGCAUCCGGGUAA